CUGAGCUCUGUGUGUGCGACGCUGCGUGGGGGUGUUUGCCUGAUGUCAUUUGGCAGAAAGGGAGGCUGAGCUAACGGUGGGCACACGGGUGGAAAGCAUAACAAUACCGUUACCGCUUAACUGUCUACAUUGGGACUUAUAACGUCAUUUUUGGAUUUAAAUACGCAGCGUUAAAUACCGACGACUCACCGUGGUCCAAAGAAGAAGACGAGGUAAAGCUAACGGUCUGAAAGUACCAGAUGCUAUUCCAGCGGAGAGGGAGAACUGGCUCGAAUAAGCAAGAGAGGGCGAUGGGUUCCCGUUUUCCUGACGGCUAACGUUAACGUUAGACCUUCUUUGGAAUCACGGACACUGCGAAGUGAGGGGACUUGCUUUGCUUCUUCUCCACCUCCGUCUAUGUGACAUUGUGCCUGAAAUGCUAACGCGGUCUCGGCCGUCGAGCAGCCUCUGGGCCGCAGCUCGGGAAACCGAGCCCGAAUCUAGGAACUAGCUAGCUUGCUAGCUGCAGCUGUACCCGAUGCUGCUGUUGCGGCUGCUGCUUCUAAACAGAUCCGAAGGACAACACAAGCAGUUCAGGGCCCCGGCGCUGAGUGAGCUAUUGUUUUAUCUCACUGGACUACACCGGGCAUUUGAGAUGUGAUGCUUUUGUGCGUCGUUUUUGAGCCUUGUGUAGCUGUAGGCUCUUUCUUGCUUGAUGCGAAGGAGCUAAUGUUGCUGCACAAAAUGCACAGCAGAACCACUACAGCAAGCUCCUGUUGAAGGGGGGCGAGGUUUGACUGAUAACAGAUAACAUCCCACCCUGUAUCUCCUAACACUCGGUUCACAUUUGGACUACGACCACUACUAUUUGUUCCACGUAAUUCACCGCUUCAUAAGCUGGCGAUAUGGAUAAACUAACGAUCAUUUCAGGGUGCCUGUUUCUGGCAGCAGAUAUCUUUGCAAUAGCCAGCAUUGCAAACCCAGACUGGAUCAACACCGGUGAAUCAGCAGGUGCCCUUACAGUUGGUCUAGUCCGACAAUGUCAGACCAUCCACGGAAGAGACCGGACCUGUAUUCCACCUCGACUGCCCCCAGAGUGGGUCACCACACUUUUCUUCAUCAUCAUGGGCAUCAUCUCCCUCACAGUCACUUGUGGACUGCUCGUGGCAUCACACUGGCGCCGAGAAGCCACCAAAUACGCCCGAUGGAUCGCCUUUACUGGCAUGAUCCUGUUCUGCAUGGCGGCGCUCAUCUUUCCCAUAGGCUUCUAUAUUAACGAGGUGGGAGGCCAGCCAUACAAGCUGCCCAACAACACAGUGGUCGGCUCAUCGUACGUGCUGUUUGUCCUCUCCAUCUUCUUCACCAUAGUGGGACUUCUGUUUGCAGGCAAAGUUUGCCUCCCAGGCUGAGGACUCGACCAUGCUCGCCUCUGGACCAACACAAGAGGCUCUGAACAUGCAAUGUGAUUUACACAAACACACGACUGAAAAUCAAAAACAACAAACUCUGACCAGAAGCCUGAAACAGGGAAGUCUUUGAUUAUGUGUCAAGGGGCCGCAGCACCGCAGAGUAAGCUAACGACUAAAAAAUGACAACAAACAAAACACUAAAAGGGGAGACAUGGGCACAAAGGGGUGAGAAAACGGACAGCCGAGGUUGUCCCAACACCGUGCCACUGUUGAUUUAAAAUAUGGCUGUCUCUGUUGUUCUGUUGGAAAAAGGGUGCUUAAUCUGCUCCUGUCAAGGCAACUGCGGCCACAAUGCUGGUGCACAUUUUUUGAGGACCACUUCAGCCACUCCUUGACUUGACCCCCGGCCACCCUCAGCACACAUCUGCACUGCUCCUGUUGCUAUUUUUGGCUCCUCUUAGCUAUUUUAGUUGUGUGUUUUUCUGUUAUACAUGUUGUGUUCUUUUUUGUUUAGUUGUUUUCCUUUCAGCCCACGCAGCCUUUUCGCUUAAGUGUAAUUGAGUUUCACGAAUCCUUGAGGGCAACUUGGGGCUUUUCCGCCAGCUUGGCUUUAGAGCAGUGUAUUUUUUGCCUGUCACUUCACAAGGCCCCAGGUGUGUGGCAGGGGAGAGCAGCUGUGAGCACAGCUGUGUGGGCCAGCUCACGGGCUGCUGUGGACAAGAGGAAGGUGCCGGUGUGCAGCGCUCCAACCAGCUGCAGCUCAGGAUCAGGGAGCAACGAGGGGUGACCUCCCUGGGCAGCAGAACAGGAAGUCAAGUACUAUAAAGGAGAAUGCCACUCAAUGUAAGACCUUGCAUUAUGCCAUUUAAUUGCUAAGCUAAACCCAUGACACUGAUACACAUCUUUUGCCAAUAACUAGAAGACUGAAUUAAGAGAAUAAUCAUCUAAACAUUAACACACCUCCUUUUUUUGUAGUACUAAUUCUGUUCAGUACAGCCACAAGCACAGUGGCCUUUUCAAAGUAUUUUUCAAAGGUGUUACAUCACUGUGGUGUUACAUUUUCGAUGAAGUUGAGUUUAACCCAUCUAUUACUUAUUAUAGCAGACAGUAGUGACUUUUUAGUAGAAGGUGAAGUUACGUUAAGGUGUGAAAAUAGCAUGUGAAUGCUAAUGAUCGGUGGUAUUCUCCUUUAAUGUUGAGCGGGAAAGAAACGAGCCAGGGGAUAUUUAUGUCUUGCUUUGUACAAAAGUUAAGGCACAGGGACUGCAGGUCAGGUGCAUGCAUGGGGCUGUGCCUCAGUGUGCUGCUUUUGAGGCCUGUGAAUGCAAAACAAACACACACACACACACAAAUCUCUACUAUCUCAGAAAUUAGUUGGGUUGAUUCAUAAAUACUCAUAGUCCAUUUACAGUUGAACUUAACAGAGCCAUCCCUCAACUAAAUUGUUUUCUAGUUUCUCAAAACCUGUUAUUAACCCACACAUUUACAAUUAGCAAAAUAAGUGCUCCUAAUAUAUGUAGAAAAAAGAGACCCAUUUAGGCUUGUAUUGUACAAUUUGGGGAGCAUACAACCUACUGGCGUGUGUGUGUGUGUGUGUGUGUGUGUGUGUGUGUGUGUGUGUGGUGUUUGUGUGUGUGUGUGUGUGUUUGUGUGUGUGUGUGUGUGUGUGUGUGUGUGUGUGUGUGGUGGUGUGUGUGUGUGUGUGUUUGUGUGUUUGUGUUGUGUGUGUGUGUGUGUGUGUGUGUGAUCAGAUGGAGCGCUGUCUAAAAGUCUUAUAGUUUUGUAUUUCUGUUUCCUGCUCAGCUUUUCUUCCUCUCGGUCUGAUGUAAACUGCUAACUACACUCUGCAGUCAGUACCCUCCCUGUCUUGGUUGGUUCAGCAUUGUGCCAUGACCUGUUUUUGUUUAACAAUGUACAGACACACAAAAGGCAGGAUUUCUGUAUUAGAAGGCACUGUGCAUUCAACAGUAUAGGUAACAGAAAUAGAAGCACCACAAAUGUAUAAAAAAAGAGAACUUCUUACCUCAUUGUUUUUGUUUCUGCUAUUAUUUUCUAAUGGUGGCAAUGUGUGCCCUCUAAUUUGUCUCUUGCCUUGAUCGGAUGUCUUCACAUGAAGCCUAUGAUCAUAGGAAAUUAUUUAUCACUGAAUAAAAAGAGGAAAAAUGUG